GUUGUGAAUCACUUCCAGUGCUGGAGGAAAAAACAACACGAGUGCAAGAAUUGAAUCAAACUUACAGAUAUAGUGGUUUGAUAUGUCUGGAGGGAGGUUGAAGACCAGUCCUUCUGCGUCCAACGGCUUCAGUUCGACUCCAGUCAAGUCCGGUCAUCAGAAAAGAGACUUCCACAAAUCUAAUGUAUUGGAUGACGGAGUCCUGUCGGAUGACGAAGAUACAUUCUCUCUGCUCUCUCCGAUCUAUCACGAUAGUUUUGACAGUGAUGAAGACCCGGAUCCCAGCCCAGAUCAUCAGACUUCACCCAGACCGAGUGACAGCUCUAGACACAGCGUUUCACCUGAAAGAUGUGAACUACCAAAAACACCUUCAGAGCAGAUGCUACUUCCGAGUGCUACUGGGCAGAAUACACCUUCUCUUAGUCCAUGGGAAAUGUGGCUUGUGAACAAGGCUAAAGAGGACCGCCUUAAAGCAGAGAAGAAAGCAGAGGAGGAGCGCUUACUCAAGGAAAAGAAAAAAGAAGAAGAAAGGGAACAACAACAGAAAAUGAUUGUCGUGGAGGAGAAGAUCCACGAAUGGCUAAAGAUGAAAAAAGAACAGGAGAAGCAUGAGCAACUUAUGAGAAAAAGCAAAAAGGAAGAGGAGAUACAGAGAAAGCAAGAAAUGCAGAGGGAAAGUCAUCAGAAAGCUCAGCAAAAGUACAAAGACUGGCUACAGAAGAAGAACCAAGAAAAGGCAGAAAAAGAAAAGAAGCAAAGGGAGGAAGCUGCACUGAAGGAGGAGCAGGAGAAGGUGCGCCGUGAAAAGGCUGAGGAGAAGUUUAAAGAAUGGCUCACAAAGUCUCAUGUAAAAAGCAGACCAAGUCCAAAAUCUCCUCGUCACCCCACAAGUCCUUAUGACAAAUCCUGUCCAUCACCCAGCUUCUACAACCCAAUCCCAUGGAGGCCCAUUCAUAUCCCUCCUCCUGAACCAACAAUUAGUAAGACGACUGACAGGAAACCUCAGAAACACAGAAAAGGCCAACAAAGCUCCAGCACUGCUUCAAGGUUGAGAAAUACAGCGAGUGCAGCGCAGUCACUACAGAGACGAUGACACAGCAGACUGAUCAGUGUAACUGUGAAACAGUGGAUUGAAUAUGAAUCCAUCAGAACUCAUCUACUCAACCAGAGAAUCUGUUGAAUUACAGAACUUUUUCUGUUUUCUUCCACUAAAAUAAUCAAAUUUGACUAAACACAGGAAUCUGUUUCUGUAUUUAUCAUGAUUUUUUUAAUAAGAAUGUUUAUUUUUCUUAGUCGAAUGUUAACUUCCAUACCUUAAUUAGAUUUGUUGUUUAUUUUUCUUGGCUGUACAUCUUAAACACUGGAUCCUUUUUCAUGUUUUGUAAAUUGAAUCAGUGCAUUAUUGUAAUAAAAGUGGUAUAAUUGAAA